AACGGCCCGGCCCGGCCCCGCCUCGCCUCCGCGUCGGCGGCCGCUGCCCUCGCCAUGCCUUACGCCAACCAGCCCACGGUGCGCAUCACGGAGCUCAGCGACGAGAACGUCAAGUUCAUCAUCGAGAACACCGACCUGGCAGUAGCAAAUUCCAUCCGGAGGGUGUUCAUUGCCGAGGUUCCCAUCAUAGCCAUAGACUGGGUGCAGAUUGAUGCCAAUUCCUCUGUUCUCCACGAUGAAUUCAUCGCGCACAGACUGGGUCUGAUUCCACUUACCAGCGACGACGUAGUGGAUAAGCUGCAGUAUUCCAGGGAUUGCACGUGUGACGAGUUCUGCCACGAGUGCUCCGUGGAGUUCACGCUCGACGUCCGAUGCAACGAGGACCAGACUCGCCACGUCACCUCCCGGGACCUCAUCUCCAACAACCCACGGGUCAUCCCGGUGACCUCCCGGAGCAGAGAUAAUGACCCCAAUGACUACGUGGAGCAGGAUGACAUCCUCAUAGUCAAGCUGCGGAAAGGCCAGGAACUGCGGCUGCGGGCCUAUGCGAAGAAGGGCUUCGGCAAGGAGCACGCCAAGUGGAACCCCACGGCGGGGGUGGCCUUUGAGUACGACCCAGACAACGCCCUGCGGCACACAGUCUACCCGAAGCCGGAGGAGUGGCCGAAGAGCGAAUACUCUGAAAUCGACGAAGACGAGGCCCAAGCUCCGUAUGAUCCCAACGGGAAGCCAGAGAGGUUUUACUACAACGUCGAGUCUUGCGGCUCCCUGCGCCCAGAAACCAUCGUCCUCUCCGCCUUGUCCGGCUUGAAGAAGAAGCUGAGCGACCUCCAAACCCAGCUGAGCCACGAGAUCCAGAGUGAUGUGCUGACUAUCAACUGAUGCGCCUCCAUUCCCUGGAGUCGCCCCGGCUCCUGGGGUCGCUGUGGGGCUCGGGGAGCUGCCCCUUGUCUUUGGGCCGGCUGAUGCAGUUCCCUUGCUCUACACCCUUACCUCGGGGUGGGGGGGAGGCCCGGGGGAGGGAACCUGCGGGGGGAGGGAAUGGGGGGUGGCUGUGUUUUGGGGGAGAAGAGGAUUUUAGAAAAUAUGGGGGAUUUCCUCCCUAAGUUCUAGUUCUCCCCCCCCCCCCCAGUUUUAUUCUGAGCUAAUGUUAUUCUCUCAUCCCCCAAGUGUCUCCACUCCUCCCUCAAGGAAGUAGCUGAUCUUAGGAGCAAGGAGAUGCUGUUUAGAGAGCCAUGGUGCUGCUUUCCGCCAAGGAGCUAAUUCCCCUUUCUCUCUCUGUUCUUCCCCAUUUUGGGAACUUGGUGUUUCUCUCUCUCUCUCUCUCUCUCUCUCUCUCACCCACCCACCCACCCACCCACCCACCCACUCAUUUCUCCCAAGUGUACUUCCAUCCUUGCCUCUGUUGGGCUUUGGAUAGAAACAAGUUGGAUAGUAUUUGCAUUUGUUACUUGACUGAAUAAAAACCUUUUCCCCCGUCA